GACAAUACCAACCAUUCCUACCUAAUGGCUCGAAAGGAGGUUUCAUUCGAAGUUUUCCGUGGUUCCAGAGAAGGCAAGAUUGUUAAAGACACCACAACACGUCUACUCGGUCCCAAUGACGCCUUGGUCAAAUUGACUCAUUCUGGACUCUGCGGAACCGAUGAACAUUUGCUACACACAGGAUGUGUUCUCGGUCACGAAGGCGUCGGCAUAGUUGAGGAUGUUGGCUCACAGGUCCAGGGUCUGAAGCCUGGUGAUCGUGUGGGUUUUGGAUACGUACACAACGUGUGCGGACAAUGUCAUUACUGCCUGAACGGAAUGGAACAAUUUUGUGCUGAUGUCCAAAUUUAUGGCGAGGCCGAUCUCGACGAAGGAUCAUUCGGUUCUCACGUCGUAUGGGCUGCUGAUAUGUUGGCAAAAAUUCCCUCCGGUCUCGAAUUGAAGCAUGCUGCUCCUAUGAUGUGUGCUGGUGCCACAGUGUGGACAGCUUUGACCAUGUAUGGUCUAAAACCUGGUGAUAGAGUCGGGAUUUUUGGAAUGGGCGGUUUGGGACAUCUAGCUAUCCAAUUUGCGGCCAAACUCGGCUGUGAGGUUGCUGUCAUAUCGAGCUCCGGAUCGAAAAAGGACGAAGCUAUUAAGUUGGGUGCUACCGACUUUUAUGUGAUGAAGGGAUUGGAACUUUCAGAGAACAAGAAGAUCAAUCAUCUUCUCAUCUGCGGAAGUGGAAACCCCGAUUACUCGAAACUCAUCCCUAUUUUGGCAGCAGAUGGCACUAUCUACCCACUUACAGUCAGCUCAGAGGCAACUCCAAUCCACUUAUUCGAUCUUGUGAUGAAAGGCAUCCGCAUCCAAGGAUCCGUUGUAGCUGCGCGCCCUUCCAUUCGACGAAUGCUCGACUUUUCGAUCCUGCACGGUAUCAAGCCUAUCAUUAUGGAGUGGCAGAUGAACGAGAAGGGGAUCGAGGACGCGAUGGAAGCUCUGCGAACAGGCAAGAUGCGUUACAGAGGCGUACUUGUUCGCUGAAAAACAGCCUUCCAAGUCAUGAACAUGCGAUUAGACACAAGGGAUAGAAGCAGG